AUGGAGGUGACGCCUGAGAAGGCGGGCACCGCCGAUGUCGGAAUCGUCGGCAUCGGCGUCAUGGGCUCGAACCUGGCGCUCAACAUGCUGGACAGGGGCUUCAAGGUGGCCGUCUGGAACCUCGAGACGGAGGUUGCGGAGAGAUUCUUGGCGAUGCACGUGCCGAAGUAUGGGGCGGACAGGGUGCUGGCGGGCGCAACGUACGAGGACUUCGCCCAGCUCCUGUGCAAGCCGCGCAAAGCCCUCAUCCUCGUCACCGCUGGCAAGGCUACAGACGCCGUCAUCGAGAACCUCACCAGGGUGUUCGAGGACGGCGAUGUCAUCGUCGACACGGGCAAUGCCCACUUCAAGGAGCGGCACCGGCGGGGCGCCGAGGCCGCGCUGCGGCGGCUGUGCACGGCGGCGGGCUGGCUGCAGGCCGAGGGCCACGAUCUGCGCGCCGCGCUGGCGCUGCAGGCCGCUGCGGAAGGCGCGCUGACCGCGCUGGCGGGCGACGCCGAGGACCAGCAGCAGCCAGAAAAUCUGGAGCUGCUGCUUGCCGCCGUCUGGCCAACGGCCUCGCAGUGCCUCGCGCUCGCGGGUGGCGCGGGCGUCGCGGCGGCAGGCACGGCGGCCGCCGUCCGCGAGGGCCUCAUCGCCGUCGCGGAGCUGCUGCCGCUGGCUGGCGAGGGCCUGGAGAGCAGCGGCGUCGGCGGCGCCUCGGCGCUCAGCGAAGAGCUGCUUCAGGAAGUGGCUUGCGGUCUCGACCUGCUUCUCGUGGAGUUGUACGUGGGCCUCUGCCGCGUGAGGGACGCGCUGGCCCGCUCGAGCGAGGCCCAGGCGGUCGUGCAGAAGAUGCUCAAGGAUCAGCGAACGUUGGAGGGCGUCGCCCUGUGGAUGGCGACCAUAUUCGUGCGCAUCGUCGGCCCGCAGCAGCUCAGCGGCCAGCUCCUGUGGGAGUGGGUCGGGCACGAUGCGCCCUCCGUUUUCGCGCUCACGAUGGGGGUUUUGUCGCUCGACGCGCCGUCGGAAGUUCAGUUCAGCUCCGAGGUCAAUUGCCUCUUACCGGCCGACCUGCCAACGAUUCAGCACGCCAUCUGCAGGGCGCUGUUCGAGCUGACGUUGCCGGACGUUGCCUUCUUCUCCCUCCCGCCCCCCUGCUCCGACGACGAAGACCGUGAGUGGACCAUCGCGGAGCUGAACCGCGCCCUGGCACUCCACCGUGAGGCCCUCGCCACCGCCCUGGCUGCGUGCGGCAUGGUGCCGCUUGUCGUCGCGUGGCUGCGGCGCCUGCCGGAGGCUGCCGCCGCCUUCCUGGCCGCGCUGCUGCGGCAGCCCGCCGGGGCGCCCGCGCCAGGCGGCGCGCCUGCAGCGCUGUUGGAGGAGAGCCAGGCGCUCGCGGAACAGCUGCGUCAGUCGUCCGGCGAGCUCUGGCCUGCUCUCGCCGCCGGCUGUCCAGCGUCCGCGGGGCCCACCAGCAGCAUCUUUUUCGAGGACUGCGCGACGCUGGCCUUCGUGGCGCCCCCGGCCGCAGACGUCGCAGUGUACAUCAUCCAGAGGCUCAUCCCCCGCGCUGGCCCGAGCUCUCUGGCGGCCAUGGUGGCCCUGGCGGCCAACGCGUCCGUGCCGCCCGGCGUAGGGUCCCUCUCCGCCGCACUGGAAGGGGCGCCCAGUGAGACGGUGUGCCAGGUGCGCCGCCGCUUGGGCUCCCUGGGCGCCCCGCUGCGAGCCGACGGCCUGGCGCCCUGGAUCCCGCUCCUGCACGCCCCCGCGCGGGACGCGGCCGCCGGCGACCCCGCCGGCGACCCCGCCGGCGACUCCGCUGGCGAGGCCGGCGAGGCCAGCGAGGCCAGCGCAGAGGCCGUGGGCCGGCCGGGCGAGGCCGGCGGCGCGGUGCUGCGGAUGCUGCCGCCCGCGCGGGCGCCCGGCGCCUCGGCGGGGAGCCUGCGGGGCCUGCUCGGCGGGGUGCCCGCAGAGGUGGCGUGCGCCCUGGACGGCAGGCUGCUGCUGGACCCAGUGAGGACGCCGUAUGGCCACGUCUUCGAGCGGCCGGUCCUGGAGCGCGCCCUGGCAGAGGCGGAGGGGCGGUGCCCGCUGACCGGGCGGCCGCUGGAGCUGGCGCAGUGCACGAGGGCGCCCGAGGUUCGCCAGCACGCGCUGCAUGGGCCGCCGACGCCAGCAACAACGACACCGCGCAUGCGCCCGCGGCGCGCCAGCGCAUCGCGUGCGACGCGCCAGACUUAA